CCGACUACCGUUGUUAUUAUGAGCCUGAUAACAAUGGCUCAUCGCCGAUUAAUGGAACCACCGACGGGCCACUCAAUGGAAAGAAAUCAGAUGAGCUGGAGAAGCAUACAUCCACUGAGAAACCAAAAGACUAGAUAAAGUAAAAGUAAAAAUCAUGUAUGUCGACUUUGAAUAUUGAGGAUAGUUAGCAAUAAUCAUUAAUAAUUG